CUGAGGACAGAGCACGCUUUGAGUUUGUGGGCACUGCACACCCAGCCCCAUCCCAAACCUUUGGCUCUUGGGAGAACUUGUUACUCAGUCAGUUAAGACUAUGGAGCCACACAGAAUCCUGCUUGUUUUGCUCAUUCCCCUCCUUGCACAAGGGAGUGUGUCAGCAUUUAAUAUUGACACCAGAAGGCCGCAGGUGUUCCGAGGGCCAGAAGAUUCUCAGUUUGGGUACAAAGUUCUACAGCAUGAGGCACAGGGGCAAAAAUGGAUGCUGGUGGGGGCACCAUAUGGAUCAGUUGAUAAUCGCCAGGGAGAUGUGUACAGAUGCAGCAUGGGCACACGGAGGAAUGCUUCAUGUUCCAAAGUCCAUCUUGGGGAAACUGCACUCCGGAAUGUCUCAAAACAAAUGAAAAACAUGCAUCUGGGAAUGGCUCUGACACAGGACACACAAGGUGGUUUUGUGGCUUGUGCCCCUCUCUGGUCCCAGGAGUGUGGCUCUUCCAUGUUCAGCACUGGAAUUUGCACAAGCGUUGAUAGAAACUUCCAACCAACCAGGACUAUCGCACCAACUGCCCAAAGAUGCUCCACGUAUUUAGACAUUGUGAUCCUACUAGAUGGGUCCAACAGCAUCUACCCCUGGUAUGAAGUACAGAAUUUUCUCAGCAACAUUCUUGGGAAGUUCUUCAUUGGUCCAGAUCAGAUUCAGGUUGGGGUCCUACAAUAUGGUGAGACUGCGGUCCAUGAGUGGUCCCUGAAGGAUUACAGCACCUCAUAUGAAGUUGUGGAAGCAGCAAAGAAUAUCAGCCGUCAAGAGGGACGAGAGACCCGAACUGCAUUUGCUAUUCACAAAGCCUGCUCUGAAGCAUUCAGUCCAGAAAGGGGUGGUCGAGAAGGGGCUAACAGACUCCUCAUUGUGGUGACAGAUGGAGAAUCUCAUGAUGGAGAUGAGUUGCCAAUGGCGCUAACAGAAUGUGAAAAACUGAACAUUACACGAUACGCCAUUGCUGUUCUGGGUCACUACACCCGAAGACAACAGGAUCCAGACGCUUUUAUCAAUGAGAUCAAAUACAUCGCCAGUGAUCCUGAUGAAAAGUAUUUCUUCAAUGUUACAGAUGAGGCUGCUCUUAAUGACAUUGUAGAUGCCCUGGGAGACAGGAUCUUCAGUCUAGAAGGUACUCUUGGCUUUAAUGAGAGCUCUUUUGAACUAGAAAUGUCACAGAUUGGCUUUUCCAUCCAUGUGCUGGAGGAUGGCUUCCUGUUUGGGACUGUGGGAGCCUAUGACUGGGACGGGGCAGUUCUGAAGGAGACGAACCAUGGCCAGAUCAUGCCCUCAAGAGCCGCCUUUGAGAAUGAGUUCCCAGUGAAGAUGAAGAACCAUGCAGCUUACUUGGGUUACACAGUGUCAUCCGUCACAUUGCGCAAUGGGAGGAUUCUGUACGUUGCUGGAGCGCCAAGAUACCAACACAAGGGCAAAGUUAUUUUGUUUGAGAUGCCCAUAAAUAGCAACUUGUCCAUAUCACAGGCUCUCGUUGGCGAACAGAUUGGCUCGUAUUUUGGCAGCGAGGUGUGUCCAGUUGAUGUUAAUAGAGACGGCGUGACUGAUGUCCUUCUUGUUGCGGCUCCUAUGUUCCUUGGGUCCCAGAACAAAGAAACUGGGCGUGUUUAUAUCUACAGGGUGGGCCAGGUGUAUUUGACUCUCAAUGGCACUUUGCACUCAGACCGGAAGGUGCAGGACUCCCGUUUUGGGUACUCUCUGGCAACAGCCCAAGAUCUAAACCAUGAUGGAUUCACUGAUGUGGUAGUUGGAGCACCACUAGAGGACAAUCACCGAGGGGCAGUGUAUAUCUACCAUGGCUACCGCAACACUCUCCUACCCAAUUACAAACAGAGAAUAGACUGUUCCACAUUCCCUCAUGGCCUGAGCUAUUUUGGCCGCAGUGUGAGUGCCCAGAUGGACCUUGAUGGGGAUGGCCUUGUUGACCUAGCUGUUGGGAGCCAAGGAGCAGCUGUCAUGUUGAGGUCCAAGGGUAUCGUACGAGUCAAUGCAACUAUGCAGAUAAAUCCCCCGUCCAUCAACAUGGUGCAAAAGAACUGUCUACGCCAAGGCAAGGAGUCAGUAUGCCUCAACAUUAGCCUGUGUUUCUCUGUGAGCUCCAAAUCUCCAGGAAAAUGGGACAGCAGAAUUGGGCUUCAUUACAACAUAUCUCUUGAUGACAAAAAGUUCAAUACUAGAGCUGUGUUUGAUGAGAAUUCACAAAAGUUAGUGAACAAACACAUCAAAGCGAUUGUGGGCAAAGUCACGUGCAUGAACAUAGGUUUCCACGUUAUUGAAACUGUUGACUUUCUGAGGCCUGUUGGAGUCCUUCUGCGAUUUAACCUGAGUGAUUCACACUCCAGCCCAGUACUAGAUGACAAGUGUCCCUCUUUCGUCAAACAAAUGGUUCCGUUCUUUAAAGACUGCGGUGAAGAUGAUGUAUGUUUGACAGACCUAGUCCUGCAGGCCCGUAUGGACAUCAGUGGAUCUAGAGACAAACCCUACAUUGUUAGAAGAGACAGAAGAAAGAUGUCUGUGGAAGUUCUACUGCAAAACAGGAGGGAGAAUGCAUACAACACUAUCCUCAGAGUUUGGUUCUCCAAAAAUCUACUUUUUUCCAGUGUUUCUGCAAAGGGAGAAGCUCAGGGCAAAGUGGAGUGUGCAGCUGCAUCCAACUACAGCCGGACCUGCAGUGUGAACUAUCCUGUCCUCAAGUCCAUGGCAAAGGUGGCAUUUGCUUUGGAAUUUGAGUUCAGCUGCUCUUCCCUCAUGAACCGGGCACAGAUCAAACUCACGGCUAGCAGUGAUAAUGUUGAAAUGAAUGAGACUCUCCAUGAUAACUCCGUACAGCUUUCAGCCUCUGUUCGGUACGAGCCAGAAAUCUUCGUGUUAAGUGAGUCCAGUCUGAAUCGUUACGAAGUGCAGCCAGGCAGACCGUCCUCUGACAGUUUGGGCCCAGAGUUCAGAACCAUCUUCAAGGCCCAGUAUGUAGAUUGUUAUCCUAUUCACAAUUUAUCUGUCCGCAUCCUCACCCCAGCAAUGGCUUAUGGGAACACGUACUUCUUGUCUGUCACUAGGAUAAUAGCUGAAAACGCCACAUGCGUUUUGACCAAUAUGAGCUCCCCUGGAAUGGUCCCCUUUCACCAGGAGGAUCUUCUCCACGUAGAUACUCUGGACUGCAGUAACAGCUGGUGUGAAACCGUAACCUGCCUGUUCCCCAUUCUACAUAAGAACAACGAUCUGUCAGUGUCGCUGCUCAGAGUGAUUCACAAUCCAUUCUUUUCCAAGGCUAAAUUCAGGUCGGUCCGAGUGAUUAGUUCAUUUUCCCUUGAUGUAAAGGAAGGUGGAGUUCUGUACACUGACAAUGGGAGAAGUCGGAGAGAGAGUGUCCUAGAAAUCCUCCAGCCCAGACUUCUCCCGCUCUCCCUGUGGAUCCUCAUUGGAAGUGUAAUUGGAGGCCUCUUGCUGCUGGCCCUGAUUAUAUUCAUCUUGUGGAAGUUGGGAUUUUUCACAAGAAAAGUCCAAGGAGAGGAAAAAGAAGAGACAAACAAGCAAGAUGAGUGACCUUGCACUAAAUGACAGCGGAAAUACAGUCAGUAAUUUGCCAACAGUGGUGGUUGGUGAAAUGAUUCUCGAGAGCCUACCAUGUCUUCAGAAGACAUUCUCUCACUUGCUUCCUAGUUAAGUGGUUGUAUAAAGAAAAACAUAAUAAUUUUCAGAUAAUUGUAUAUGACUUCAUGGACAAAAAUGAAGAACAUUUUUAAAAUCUUGUAAUGCUUCAAGUAUAACUAGGCACUGAAUAAUUUGAAAUGUGUCAGGUAAGCUUAGAAUUACUCUGAAGUGAUGAGAUCACACUUUUUUAUAUAUAUAAAAAAUAAUAUAUAUGUGACUGUGAUUUUUUUCAUUAUAUUGCACUUUGAUGUUCCUCAAGAACUUCACAUGAUAACUUUACUAGAGAAUAUGAUCUCCAGGACUGAUACAGCCACAAAUAUACAGGGAAGGAUGAAAGGUCUGAAAAUGAGGUCACUGGAUGUUCAUAUCUUAUUGGAGGUAUAUAGGAUACAAGAAACCAAAAGCUCUACAGGACAUAGAAACCAGACUGACCACCAUAUUCUUGGUGAUACACUGACCAAAAAGGGACCAAGUACAAGACCAUGUAAAUAUUUCAUAAAAGUCUAUCAGGAUUUCAAAAGAAAACGCUACAGGAUGAACCUCAAAAUUUUCCACUGUUAUAUAGCCAUUUGGAUAAUAAGACAUUUUAAACUUCAGUAUUUACUUUUAAGACAGGGUGAGUUGGGUAUUUUAACCAAAAACAAUGUAAAUUUAAAGGUUAAUUAUUUAGAAGAUAAAUGGACUUUCAGGUUAAAUACAUAAAGACACAAGAAUUCUGGUUUUGAUUUAUAUUUGUAUAAAAUGUAAUUAAAUUUGUUGAAAUAAAGUGAAAAACUGGAAACAUCCGAA